UCGGAAAGAGAAACACAGAUAGAUUUCGGGUUCACAGACAGAGAUAGAUAUAGGGAUAGAGAUAAAAAAAAAAGAGCAUAAAAGUUUUCAGAUUUGUCGCUUAGGAUUGUAAUUUUUGGGUUUCAAUUGGUGGACGAACGACAACAUGGUGGGCUCUAUAGCCACGACCACUCAUCGUCGUCCUCCCAUGGACGCUGCUGCUGGUGAUGAUGAUGAUGAUGAUCAAGCUAUUGAGCCCCCUUCUUCUUUGGUUUCCUGCUCGAUUUGUCUUGACUCUGUCUCUGAUAAUGGUACCAGAUCCACCGCUAAGCUCCAUUGUGGCCAUCAAUUCCAUCUCGAUUGCAUUGGUUCAGCAUUUAAUAUGAAGGGAGCUAUGCAAUGCCCAAAUUGUCGGAAGGUUGAAAAAGGUCAGUGGUUGUAUGCCAAUGGUUCUGCUCGUUCACUUCCUGAGUUUAGCAUGGAAGACUGGAUACCCGAUGAAGACUUCUACGAUCUAAGUUAUUCUGAAAUGGUAAGCACAAUUAAGCAUAUUGUCUUGUUUCAAGUGGUGUUCUGUUCUCUAUGGGGGUGGAACCUCCUCAACUACAUACAUGACCUACGGGGACACCAUCCCUUAUUCGCUGAACAAGAAGCAGCAUCUAUGGCUCAUUCAUACGUUGCAUAUGUCGGACCAAUUCCGCCUACAACCUCGAGAUCUAGCAAUAAUGUUGAUGAUCCCCUUUUAAAUUAUCACUGGAACGGUCCAUCAGGACACAAUGAGAUUUUUCCUCCCCAUGCAUUUCCUGCCAUCCAGUACCAUAGUUGGGGUCGUCAUUCCCCCCCUUUCGCCAUAUCCAGUAGCCAUAUAAACGGUGCUGAUCCGGCUUCUCUUCCACCUGCCACGCUUAGAUCUUCUCAUGGUGAAUCUGAUGCUGUAACAAUGUCCAGAUCUUUUCCACAUCCAUUUGCCUUUGAUCAUGGGUCUGGUCCUAGAGCUGGGAGCUCCUUUGUUUCCUCAGUCGUUCCUCGUCAUCCUGGCAGCACUGCUCUAAACACUUCUCAUUCCUUCCUUCCUCAGCAGCAGUCAAGUAUUUCAGCAGGGUUGCCCACACCUGUAGUGCCAGGUUUGAGGAGAUUUGAUGGUCCAAGGAGCUUGCCUGCAGUAGUGCCAGCACCCCCCCAACAUGAUCAGAAUGGUAACUUCUAUAUCUUUCCACCAAGCUCAUCGGGGCAGAACCUACAAGAAGCAGAAAGUCCGUUUUUGAAUCAUUUUCAUGUAUGGGAAAGAGAGAGGUUAUCUCGUUUCCCUGCUGUAAUAAGAGACUCAAAUUGGGGUUCGUUUCAUCAGAAUAGUGGGGCCUCAGACUCGGGGAACAGGUCAGGAAGCUUUUGGCAUAGGCACUCCUCUUAAGAGGAUGGGAUAAAAAACCUUUGAACGUUUAUCCUGCCUGUCAGAAAAUUGCGUGAAUUGCACGCAUCCGAACUUGAUGACUGGAACUUAAAAAGUUAAAUAUGUGAACUGUGAAACUCUUCUUUUGUAAAUUUUGGGCAUACUUGCCCUGAAACUGUUGUCCAUUUUUGUAAAUCCUGGGAAAGUUGCCUUAUCCUGUGGCCCCCGAAACUCAACGUUUUGGCAGUUAAAGUAUUGGUGCAAAUGCAAUUUGUACUUGUUUCCACUUUUCAGA